CGUGAGGUAAAUUUCAAUAGGUGACGACGUCUGCAGACGAAAAAGUCAUUGACAUAUUUACAAGAACGCUAAGAAAUGCCGUGUGUUCGAAUCAAAGAAGCUUAUCACAAUACUAAGCAUAUCAUUGAUGACAUCGAGUUAAGUUGCAAAGUUGAGGAAUUGAAGGAAAAGGCAGCAGCGAAGACGAACAUACCGAUUGACCAGCAGAAUUUUAUAUUUGCUGGAGAACUGCUUAAGGACGAGAAAACUCUGGACUCUUAUGGAAUCAAAGAUGGAUUUACUAUUUAUGUGAUGAUAAAGAACCCUGAACCAGAACCCAUAGAACUUGAUUCAGAUGAUGUGCCAAUCACUGAAGUGAUCCCUGUCUUAGAGGCAGCCAUCAAGAGCCCUUCCUACAGAAAUACAGUUGAAAAAAUUCUUACCAAUCCAGACAUGCUUGAACAACUGACUGUAGCCACUCCAGGAUUAUCAUCUGAUCAUGUUGCUAUGACUCUUCUUCAAGAUCCUGAACUUCUUGAACAACUUGUACAGACAGCAAACGUUGAGACGGUAAUGCGAGAACAUCCAAGCCUGGUUCAGGCAGCUUCCUACAUUGCUGCAGCAAUUGCCAAGGAGGGAGGGGUAGGUAAACAUUCCACCAGGAGUCACAUGGCUGGUGACACAUAUGAUUCUGAUGAUGAACUGCGAGGCAUGGAUCCAGGGCUUGUUGCUCAAGCUGAACUGGUGGCAGCAAAUGAAGAGAGUAUCCAAGCAUUAAGAUCUGCUGCGGCCUCAAGAGGAGCAUCAUCAUCUCGGCAACCAGUCACAUCAUCAUUAUUAUCAUCGGCUUUAGCUAAUGCAGGAAUUUCUCCAGGUUCUUCAACACGCAGUGAAGCUGGGCCAUCCACAAGCAGAGGUGCUUCAACAUCAGCUUUCUCACCAGUCAUCCCCUCAACAAGUAGAGGUACAAGAGCGUCAAGUUCACGACCAACCAUAACAAGAGAUAUGGUCAGUGAAGCGGUGGCAUCUGUCAUGAACAUUUCUCAGCAAUCAUCUCAGCUUCAGUCACAGUUGCAGCAACUCAGAGAUAUGGGAAUCACAGAUGAUGCACUCAGUAUCCAGGCUCUCACUGCUACUGGUGGUAACGUCCAAGCUGCCCUUGACUUGAUAUUUGAAGGAUUAUAAACCCACAUGUCCCACUCCUGUGUCUGAGUUCCAUGUCUUUUGAAUUUCAGAAAAAAGAACUUAAAGCUCAUUGCUCUUUACUCAAGUGGUUUUGUUCAAAAUAGUUAUUCUUUUGACUUUUGUGGAAUGCAGUAUUGGCUGAAGCCAGUGUUAUAGCUGUAGUAGGUCAAGUACAGGCUAUCUUUUAUCAGGUUGAAUGUAUGAUGACACUGAAUACUAUUUAAAUUUUGUUAAAAAGAUUACAGAAAGAAGCUUAGGUAAGUCACCUAAGCUGCUAUGGUUGGGAAAAGUGUGAGUUGUUAGACACUUCUAUUUGUGACUGUUUUGGAAAUACGCAUAUUAUUUGUAGGCAUUAAUCCUCUCAGGUUAAUCAUUCCCCCAAAAAACUAAAAUAUGAAAAACUUACAGUAUUGAAGGUGAGGGAGAAAGAAAAUGUUCAAAGUAAGAAAGGACAAGUAAUUCAAACUGAAAAAAAAACUACAGUCUCCAAGGGUACUUUUUUAUUAGAAAUAACACACAACAUUGCAGCAGCAAGCUGUCUUUUUUCCCAGCUGGUAUCCUUAGUUUAUAAGCCGAUAUUAUAUCCUUGUUAUUCAAUAUUUCAGGGUAAUUAAAUAACAUUUUUUAUUUUACUACCAUUGUGAAUAUCCAUUUAGAAUGCAAUUUCUUUUACUGUUUAAUUAUUUUUAUACAAUGCAAGGAAACUGUCUUUGUAACAGUUUUCUAGUGACGUAUGAUUUUAACUGAAUGCACAAAUAGAUCGAUGUUGUUGUUUGGAUUUCAGUUCAUUGGCUCUACACACUUCUAGUCUAUUUGAACAGUUAUUGUUAGUAGUUCCAGGCUGAUAUUUUACUUUGUUUUAUACACCUAGACAUGAAAUUUUUGAGAGUAUUGGAAAUUUGAGAAUAGCUUGUAGAAUACAAUCUUGAUUUGAAGAAAAAAAAUUCAUCACUCAUAUUGGUGUAUAACAGUACAUAGUUUGAACAGAGAUUUUUUUUUUCAACUGAGUUAAUUAUGUAAAUUGGCCCCCAUGAAGGAUUUCUAAAGCUGAUGAUUGGAGUGUUAGCCCUACAUUAGAAAAACGGUUUACAGUAUAUUAUACUCUGACUACCCUUAUAAACUGAUAAAAACAAUCCCUAUCCUUUUAAAAUUGAUUUAAACAGGUAGAGUACAGAAAAGUCAUUACAUCUAUUAGUUCACAAAAAAUAUCCUAAUCCUAUCUUCCUGUUUACCCACAUCUAUCAUUAGUCUUAUCUUUUACCAUCCCUACAUUUUUUAUUGGUAGUAGUUUAUUUUCAAACUGCACUAAUGCUAUCAGAGCUACCUAUUAAUUUCAUUUCUAACUUGAUUUUGGUCACUACCUAUUGUAUGAAAAUUCAAGGCUAAACACAAGAACAUGAAAAUGUUUGCUGGGCUUCAAAUUUCUUUCCUGGCUCAAGUACAAAAGGCUUGCUGACAUAUCCUGCUUCAACACAUAGCAUAUUGGGAUACUACAAGAGAUGAAAAGGAAAUAGUUUUAAAAAUCAUUCCAAAUCAUUUUCUUUGUCCCUCAAGGGCAGCAAAGUACUCAACUUGUGGUAAAGAGGAACAAACCUCAUCAUCUCCAAAAUCAGCCAUUGAAAUGGCCUUUUGAGCCCAAGGAUUCCACACAACUGAAAAAUAAACAAAAACAUGCAUUAGUCUACCAAAAGAAAUUAAGUCACUUACAAUUUAAUUUUUUGAUGUCACCUGUAUCUGGAAAAUUUUCCUUCCAGAGAGUUACAUGACAAUUUUUAGAGCCAACAUUUGUUAUCUUGUGUUCACUUGGAGAGUUCUGGUAAACCCUAAAAAAAAAAAAAAGAAAAGAAAAGAAAACUUUCACCCAUAUGGUCCAGCCUAAUUGUUAGACAAGUAGCAAUUAAUAAGGCUGAGUGCCUUUAAUCAAAUGAUGUAAUAACAAAUACUUUCU